AUGGAUCAGGAGAUGAUGGGUUUGGAGUCGCCUCCGAAACCUUUGACACAGGUACUAGAUAAUGUGCAGCUAUCUCCGGUGGAUGCUUUCUCGCCGAGGAAACGGCAGGAUACCUUGAACACACAGCUGAAACUUGGAGACGUUGAUGACAUUUCGGCGGGAGAUACUAUUCAGGAGGCUCUCCGUUCGCCGUUGCAGGAUUCGAGAAUCAACAUGAACAGCUCGAAUACAUCUACUGUUCCAAUGCAAGACGAGCAGCAAGCUGCAUCUUCUCAGCCUCCUACCGAGGCAGACGAAACAGAUCUUGAAGGACACUACGUCGGACCAUCGUCGGGUGUCUCCUUUCUACUCCGCGUCCAGAAACGACUGCACGAGAAUCUCCGAUUUUCAGCAUCGGAACCCAUAUUCAAUUUUGGCGACGCACCGUUUCCGACAUAUGAUCCGCAUUUUCUCGUCCUGCCACCGCUUCACGAAGCGCUCACACUCGUCAAUCGGUACUUUGACUUCUCGUUCCCCACACAUCGAUUCCUGCAUCAGGCCACAGUCGAAGAGUGGGUUCGAGCUUUCUACUCAGUGAUUCACGGGGCAGAUGAGACAGUCAGUAAGGCUAUAAAGGCUGUCAUAUUGAUGGUAAUGGCUCAAGGCAGGCAAUACCUUUCGGCUACGGACCAGUCGACCUGUCAGUCUGUCAACAGCAAUGUAUAUUUCGCAGCCUCCGAGAACCAUCUGUCAUCCGAAAAGGGACCAGUGCAACUUACCAGUAUUCAAGCCCGUCUAGCACAAUGCUUCUACCUCCUAUCAGAAUCACGAAUGAAUCACUGCUGGAGUCUAUUCGGAACAACGGCUCGCCUUGCUCAGGCCAUUGGAAUCAACAGGAGACGAAGGCGAGAGUUGAUUACGGAUCACGUGGAAGAGGAAUGCAGGAAGAGGACAUUCUGGUGCGCCUACAGUCUGGAUAACUACUUGAGUGCGGCUCUGGGCCGACCGAGGAUUUUCCAUGAUGAGGACAUUGACCAGGAGCUCCCAAAUUGUGCAAACGACUCUCAGAUUUUGCGACAUACAAUCCUCCCGGCUCAGUCAUCACGACAAAGCCUCAUGCUAGCUCCAAUAUAUCAUGCGAAACUCUCCCGAAUAAUGAGCGGAAUCCUCCGCGAUCUCUACGGAAUCCAGCAAAAACCCCUAUCCUCGCAAACCGAGAUCGCGAGAAAGUACGAAACAGACCUAUCCCUCUGGAGAGCUGGAAUCGCAGAGUUCAUCGACACGCCCAACAUCGAGCUUCUCCAAAUAACAUUCCAACGACAAUGCAGCGUCUUGAACCUAGCCUUCGAGCAUGCCAAGGUUCUUCUUUAUCGGCCUUUCAUCCUUCAAAACCUGGCGUCCCUGGGGAAGGAGACGAGUGCACCGCACUCACCGUUACAGGAGGUUAUUGGGGAGAAUAUCAAGAAGGGGUUGGAGGCUGCUACGAGGACAGUUGAGAUUUUUCAGAGUCUUUGUCGGACUAGACGGAUGUAUAAGUCGUUUUGGUUCACCCACUACAAUGUCUUUUGCGCUAUUGUGGUGCUUUAUGUGUACGUGAUUCAAACUUGGUCAAAGGCGGGUCAUGAAUAUGAGCAUUGUCUCCGGAUCGGAGAAGAGGCUCAAGCGGAGCUGGCGAAGUGCGGUACCAAGUCGUCGUUUCCUCAGCGGUAUGUUGUUGUUUUGGAGGAGUUGAGACGGGAGGCGCGCAAGAUCACGGCCCAGUCUGCGAGUCAAUACGAUACGUCGAACACUUCACCUGAGGAGAAUGGGAUGGAUUCUGUUCAGCUCGGAAAUGCUGAAGGGAUCCAGAGCGUUCCAAGUCAUAACCAGGAUGGAGACGUCGUGUAUCCUCCGGAUCCGAGCACCUGGUUACCCAACAUAGCCCAGGACACCAGUCCGGCGUCUUACCUUGCAGACAUGACUGGAUGGGGUGAUUUUGAUUCCAUUGUGCUGACUGGGCUGGGAGAUCUAGGCCAUAUGUUUCCAAGAGAAUAUUCCUAUUGA